AUGCAGAUAACUUCUGGCCGAGCCAUCGGACUGCUGGUUUAUCUGCUACGACACACACCCUCUCGCUGGGGAAGUGUCACCCCCUCCACCCCCUUAUACCACCAAACCCACCCCCUGACUCCCUGCUCACCCUCUCCUUCUCUCGCCUCACCCCUCUCUGGAUGUCAGAAGCUUCUAGUUAUGGAGCAGACAACAGUCACACACCAACCUGAACUGUCAGUCGACAACGCUUCAGCGUCAGAGGCUCAAGAAGAGGAAGUGGGGGGCUUGAGCAUAGGAAGUGAAGAUAACUGGAGGUCAAACAAUGUUACUGCAGCACAAGACCCAAUACUCACACAGCCAGGCCUCGGCAUUACCACGACAACCAUCACCACCAUCACACAGACGGGAGGAGACUGGAGCACUGGCCUGUUUGACGUCUGUGGAGACAAGACCACAUGUAUUCUUGGGGCUCUGGUGCCAUGCUGUUUAGACCUGAGUUUAGCACACCAGUAUGGCGAGUGUCUGUGUAUGCCCCUCCUACCAGGAUCCACCUUUGCCAUGAGAGUUGGCAUCAGGGAGAGAUACAAGAUACGAGGCAGUGUGUGUGAGGACUGGACCACAGUGUGUUGCUGUUACCCUCUGGCUGUAUGUCAGAUGAUAAGAGAGAUGAAGAGGAGGAUGAAGACACAGACGUAUCAUGUGUCCACUACCCUUGAGUGCUCCUGAAGAAACUGAAGACAGAAAAUGAGGCCUGUCCUUCUACGACUAAGUGCAGAAAACAGGAUCAGCUGAGAUCACUGGUAUGAAUAGCAUGAAGAAUCAAUACCAUAUGAGGCUUGAACUUACUUUUCAAUGUCUCUGGGGACGCACCGGCUAAUAAAUCAAGCCUAUCCUACAACAUUCAAAGAAGACUGGAAAGGACGAAGUUUGAUUAAUAGUGUAAACAGCAAAAAGAGUCAGAGCUGUAAAGACUGAACCAAGUUAAUGCUGCCUUGGGGGGCUUCUGUUUAGAAAAUAUAUAAUAAAUACACUUUUCUU